UCGGGCCGGGCCUCUUCCCGUCAAGAUGGCGGCGCCCAGCGCGCACUGUGGCUGCUAAGAGAGAGGUGAAGUGCUGUGGCUGCGGAGCGAGUGUGUGGUCGCGUUGCUGACUUCGAAACGCCCGCCGCCUGCGUUUCCCGGCGAACGCUGGGCACUUCUGUACUGUUUCCAUAUGGUGGCUGUCUGAUUUUGCAGUCCCACAAGCAAGUCCAUAGAGGUUCCAGUCUCUGCCCAGGAGAAUUUCUGAGAAGCUUCUAUAAUGGUCUGUUCAACCUUCAUCCGAGCUGCUCAUGAACACAUCUACCUAGUAAGGAAGAUCAGUCAUGUCUUCAAAUGCCAUCAGCAUCGGGCUUGGGGCUCUAGGCCAGCUACAUCCCAGUUUCCUGCCCAAGGUGCUCCAGGCAGUGUGAUAGAGCUGCUGGGAAAAUCCUACCCUCAGGAUGACCACACCAACCUUACCCAGAAGGUCCUUUCUAAGGUGGGCAGGAACCUGCACAACCAGAAGUACCACCCUCUGUGGCUGCUCAAGGAGCGGGUAAAGGAGCACUUCUACCGGCAGUACAUGGGCCGCCCCAGGACCCCUCUGUUCUCCGUCUAUGACCAGCUGCCUCCAGUGGUCACCACCUGGCAGAACUUUGAUAGCCUGCUAAUCCCAGCAGACCACCCCAGCAGGAAGAAGGGGGACAACUAUUACCUGAACCGGGUGCACAUGCUGAGAGCACACACGUCAGCACACCAGUGGGACUUGCUGCAUGCAGGACUUAAUGCCUUCCUCGUAGUAGGUGACGUGUACCGGCGUGACCAGAUUGACUCCCAGCACUACCCAGUUUUCCACCAGCUGGAGGGUGUCCGGCUCUUCUCCAAGCACGAGUUAUUUGCUGGUGUGAAGAAUGGAGAAAGCUUGGAACUCUUUGAAGAAAGUUCUCGCUCUGCUCAUAAGCAAGAGACACACACCAUGGAGGCCGUGAAACUUGUGGAGUUUGACCUUAAACAAGUACUGACUAGGCUUAUGACACAUCUUUUUGGAGAUGGGCUGGAGGUCCGGUGGGUGGAUUGCUACUUUCCCUUCACCCAUCCUUCCUUCGAGAUGGAGAUCAACUUCCAUGGAGAAUGGCUUGAAGUCCUUGGCUGUGGAGUGAUGGAGCAGCAGCUGGUCAAUUCAGCUGGUGCUCAAGAUCAAAUUGGCUGGGCUUUUGGUCUUGGGUUAGAAAGACUGGCAAUGAUCCUCUACGACAUCCCUGACAUCCGCCUCUUCUGGAGUGAGGACGAGCGCUUCCUGAAGCAGUUCCGCGUGUCAGACAUCAAUCAGAAGGUCAAGUUUCAGCCUCUUAGCAAGUACCCCGCUGUGUUCAAUGACAUUUCAUUCUGGCUGCCCUCUGAGAAUUACAUGGAGAAUGAUUUCUAUGACAUCGUCCGAACAGUCGGGGGAGACCUGGUGGAAAAGGUUGAUCUUAUAGACAAGUUUGAACAUCCAAAGACACACAGGAUCAGCCACUGCUACCGCAUCACCUACCGCCACAUGGAGCGGACACUGUCCCAGAGAGAAGUCAGCAGUGUCCACCAGGCUGUGCAGGAGGCCGCCGUGCAGCUGCUGGGUGUGGAGGGCCGUUUUUGAUGUCCUGAUUUUCAGGCUGCGGCCCUCAUGGACUUCCAAGACUUGCUGGAAACAGGGAAAGAUAUUGUUUGUGAGCUGGAGUAUCUGUCAUCUCUUGAUAAAUGCGUCUGCUUUAGGACUUUGAGGAAAUAAAGGAUUACUUUUGAGAAGCA